CGCAGUCAAACGCGUCUCGUCCGCCGUGGCCACAGCAACGCAUCGCAUUCCCCGAUCUUUUGUGCCUUUCUGCUAAUCAGAUACUAAACACACACACACACAGAAACGCACCGAUUGGCGGCAUAUAUUUAAAAAUCAGUCGCGCGAGGGUGUCAUAUAUACUGCGAGUGCGAGUUAUACCCACACCGAUCGAUCUUUUAUGUGCUAGACUAGAGGGAGGGGAAACGACCGAGCUGCACAAAAUCUCUCACAAAUAUUUUUUGUUCUUUUCUGAAUAAUAUUCGAAACGAAAGCGCGACAGAGUGUUUUUUUCAAAGUUAGUUUCCCAAUCGAACCAAUAACCUAAUAAAAAGAAAAAAAAAUAUAAAAAUGGUCGAGACCGUGGUCAAUGUUGAGCGCACAACAACAACAACAACAAAUGGUCCACCCGGCGGACCAUCGUCCGAUGGUGGCUUCUGGAGCGCCAUACGCCUCAACAUUGACUAUUUCCGCAGCGUGCCGGGCAUCAUAAAGAUUGUGGAAUUUGUGCUGGGCAUUAUUUGCAUGGCCCUGGCCGCCCCGCCACUGAACUCGGCCACCUCGUUCUUCAUGUUCGUCAUCGUCAUCUCGUUCAUCAUCACGAUCCUGCUGAUUGCCGCCUAUUUCCUGGGCAUACGCGAGGCCCUCAAUGUGGCCGUCAACUGGAUAUUCUCGGAGCUGAUCACCACCGCCGUACUGACGCUGCUGUACUUCAUUGGCUUCAUUGUUCAGCUGGCCAGAUGGUCAGAGUCCGGGGCUAAGGGCAGCGGCUCCAACACGGCCGCCGGCGUCUUUGGGCUCUUCAACUUCUUGGCUUAUGCGGCGGGCACGUACUUCCUGUUCCUGGCCCACAGAUCGGGAGCUACCCAUUAGUCUGUGUCUGUGUCUCUUGUCUGGAUGCAAGCAGCAGCAGCGAGCAGGAGUGAUGAACCGAGUCGAGUCGAGCCGCAUGGACGAAAUCUAGCGUAGAAUAAUUAUUAUGUGUUUAUGUUUUAUGUUGUACAUGGAGAACAGGCAGCGCAGCGCAGGGCGGGAUCAGCCACAACCCCCCACCCACUUUGUUUGUGGUGUUAUUUUAAUGUUUAACUUUAAUGCUGAUG